CCCCGCACUCCUCUGCAGUAUAAAACGCUUUGUUAGCAAGAGUCUGCGCGAAUCCAUUGAAAGUUGUAGCUGUGCUUAAUCUUAUUACUUUAAUAAGUUUAAUGAAGUUGUAUCGUUAUAUAUGAUUAUCACUGGAAACUAUUAACGAAUAAUGACUCUCAACAAAACGUUUUAAACGAAUUGCAUCACUCCGGAACGUUUAUGUGGAACGCUGAGAACGACCCUACUCAUGGGGCAGUCCGAACAUUGCCAGAACCAACUAUUAGACUUGUGGCUCCGCAAGACACGGUGAAUAUCCGUGAUGGUUGUUAGUUAUAAGGAUUCAUGCUUAGCUGGCUGAAGAGAAGGGCAAGAGUGACCAUCAACUCGCGCUAUAUUAAUCUGUUACGUCGCAACAUAUCUCCAGACAUGUUUGUUGCCGAGCCAGUACAAUGUAUCCUCAACCACUCUCUCAAGCUGGUUGUUCUGAAUAGUGAAGGACGGGACUACUCCUUGGAAGUUCCCACAGAAAUGACUGUAGAAAGAGUCAAGAAGAUGGCUGUAUGCCACUUCUUCACUCCUCAGGAGGCAGUGGGAAGCAGUGGAGGGGAAGAAAGAGCCACUAUGGAUGGCCCUAAGACUACUAUUGGAAAUCGCACCUAUCGCCUAGUUUUAGUCAGGGAAGCUAGACCCCUCGCUGAAACAAAUUCAAUCCAGUUAGAGCAGUUGAUGGAUAAUGAUGAACUGCUACUUGUGGAGAGACGAGAACCACCACCAGUUAAAGAACCAACAGCUGAAGAAACUGCAGCACCAACUAAGGAAGAAAUUGCGACUGCCACAACACAACUUCCAAAGAAAAAUGACAAUCGUGACCCAGAUGCUUCACAUCCAUCUGUUGAUUUCCAGACAGAGUUUCGACAGAUCUUAGUUACAAUGAUUGAGGCAUCAGUCCGCCUUAUCAGCGCUGAUCCAGAGUCAGAUGAAGUGUUCAAUCAGAUACUUGACAAAUUGGACCGCCGUCAUCGUCCCCGUGUUGACCGUAAUGCUCUGCGACAACUUACUGAAAUGGGUUUCCCAGAAGCUAAGGCCACUAAGGCUUUGCAGGACAAGAGAGAUGUUAUGGAAGCGAUGGAAUGGCUUUUAGCUCAAGGUAACGUGGAACAUAGUGAAAGUGAUGGCAUAGUUGGUGUUAAUAGUGGAGCCAGCACUGACAGUAAAGACAAUGGUACCAUCGACCAUUUAAGCUCUGCAAGCAAUAUGUCGAAUGACCAUCCUCAGGACCCAGCAGAGAAAGUUCUUAACACUUUUCUUCAGUACAGGAAGAAAUGGUUUCAGCCAAAUCCACAAGCUGUGCAGAAACUCCUUCAAAUGGGAUUCAAGGAAGAAGACAUAAUAAAUGCUUUGCGUGUCACUGGGAAUAAACAAAGUGCAGCAUGUGACUUGUUGCUACGUGAUCGACCUUUGGUACCCGAUGAUCAGGGCCUUGACCGUGACUCUCCUAUUAUCUCGGCCAUCCUCGCCUCCCCAGUUAUACAACUUGCCCUGCCAAAGCCUAAGACUCUGCUUGCUCUGAUGAUGUUGUAUGAGAGUCCAAAUAAUGCAAAUAUGUGGCUGAGUGAUCCAGACACCCAUCCUGUUGUAAGUCAAGUGCUCAGGAUCUAUCAUGCUGAGAAGCACAGUCUGAGCCAAAGUCGACCACCUGCUUCCUCAGGUUCUACAGAAUCAACAACAUCCACAUCAUCAUGGUCAUCAACAUCGUCAUCAGAGACUGGUAUAUGUCGUACUCUCGGAAGGCCGGGCCUGCCAUCCAGAACUAGUUCUUACCCAUCUGUUAACUCUUCCAUGUUCCCAGUUAACAGUGAUGGUCCAUCUCGCCCCCAGUUAUCCUCCAUACCUACGAGUAUGUACUCGCCCUUUUCUCAUUUGCGAAAUUCGGGAAAUGAUCACACUUCAUUCACAGACUGGCUUCCCAGUAAUUCCUCAUCAGCACAAUCUCAACGUAGAUCUUCACCUAGUUCUUCUCCAGUUCCAACACCUCGAGUAAAUGCAUCUCCAAACUCUUCACCAAUACCCUCACAUCAUUUACCAUUAAAUAGAGAAGAACCAAUGUCACACUCUGGCUCUCCCAUCAGAGGAACAGUAGGAGUCAGGGGUACUACUGAAAUCCCUAAUGGAGUUACCCCAGAAUUAACAAUGACUUUAGGUUCAUCAUCUACAGGCCAGACCCCUAUUUAUGGUUUGCCCUUAGAACAGUAUACCACACUACCGAGUACUGUUAGUAUUGAUGUAGAAAUGGGUGAACCGGGGAUAGAUGCACAAGAUAUGGAAACAUAGAUUCACUAUCACCGUACUUUCAUUUGAAGGGUAGAAUAAAAAAUACGUUAUACUGAUUCAAGAUAUUCAGAAUUAAUAAUUUAAUGUUUAAACAAGGUUUAGAGAUAAUAUAGCAAAAGAAAUAUGUGAAAUGAGUGUAAAAUUAUUAGAUAGUGUGAAGUGAAAGGUGUUUAUUGUUCAUACUACAUUGUCAAGUUUGCAGACAACACAGAGAUAUUUGGGAAAGUAGCAAAUCAAGACGAAGUAACAAUAAUGCAGAAAGACCUGAAUGAGCUGGUCAAAUGGUCUCAAGAUUAGCAAAUGCUCUUUAACAUUACAAAAUGCAAGACCCUAUAUGUAGGAUACAACAACCCAAAUCACAACUACUGUACUCUGCUAAUAACACUUUCCUGGAUAUUGUCGAUAAGGAGAAGCAUCUGGGCAAUUUGAUAGAUCAUUCGUUGAAGGCGGCACAACAAGUGGGAUUGGACGCUAUUUUUCACUUUGACUGGAAUAGCUUUGAUUAGCUUCAUCUGUUUCUUCCUCUACACAUAAUCUCAGAGCUAAAGUCAUUUAUAGUGGUACCUAUGUAGCAGCUUACUCACCUACAAGUUGCUGAUUAUACUGAACUUUUAUAAGUAGAAAAGCAUGUAACUUCUCUCCGAGAAAGAGAGUACUGUACUGAACUUAAACUUAGAAAGACACCAAUUCAUUUUGGGGUAGCUAUUGUAGACUAUUGUCUGCAACAAACAAAUGUUACCUAUCCAUGGAUUUUGGCCACCCCAACCCUGGCCACAAUUUAAUUAAACAUCUGCAGCAUUUAUGCAUCAGUCCAGUCUGUUAGCUAGAAGAUGUGAUGUGUUGGGUGCAGCUCAGUAUACACACCAAAGUGGUAAGCUUCUGCUAAUGUAAAAGAAUCUGACAUUUACACGAGAUUUAUAGAAACUGGCUGAACACCAUAACUUCUGUCCCAAGAUUGUUGAUGUAAAUGAAUCAUCUACAGUACCUCCUGCCUACCUGCAACAAGUAUCUCUCUCCUACAUCAAGAUGACAUGCAACACCCAUACAUGCCUUCAACUUCUUGCCAUUAACUCAAGUUGAAGCAUAUCCUUUAGAAAGGUUCAGUAGCAUAUGUGAUUAAUAUUUUGUUAACUUGUCAUUCUGUUUCACUACUACACAGUCCAACAAUCCAUGGAAAUUAACCAUCUGUAGGAGGCCUGUUCCCAACCUUUGUGAAUGGUCGAAUCUGCUGUAUAAUUAUCCAAGGAACAUACAGUAAUGUCUUAAGACUGACUACGGAUUUAGCAUUGGAAUCAAGAAGAUAAAUGAAAUGAAUGAAGCAUAAACAUGGAAAAAGAAGACAUCUAGUGAAUGCAAACUCCCUGUUCAGUGAUGGACAUUAUGAAGACUACAAUUAAUGUUUGGAUUAUCUCCUGGAUAUGUGAUAAGAAGUACAGUACAGCUCUUGAUGAAGACUGGAAAAGUGCAUUACUGUAUAUGGGUUGUAUGAUUACUGUGCUGGAAUUUGUUUGAAAAUUCAGGCUUGGUAAGUUAGGGUAAAGUAUAAUGGAGAUCAGUACAGUACAGUAUAUGAAAAAGGAAACCUAAAUUUCAUUUGAUUCGUGAGAAAUUAUCUGUUAACGUAUUCUUUUGUUAGCGCUCUUCCCCACCCUGCUUUAAGAAUAGAUGACAUUGAGAUAAAAUGUGCAUUAUGCAAAUACAUUUAUUAGGAGAUGUACCGUCAAAUAAAAAAAUCGCAUUAGGGUCUGCUCACACCAAGGCCGGAACUAGACAUAUUCUGACAAAUUGUCCAGAGACAGAUGAUGUAUGACACUGUGGUGGGUACAUUAUACCCUCGUUAAUGCAAAAAAAAAAAGGGUCUCCGAGUUACUCAAAUUACUGAAAAUUACGAAUUAACCGAGUUCAGAAUAUUUUGACAUUAUUCAACAAUCCCGAAUUUUUUUGUUCGAUUAUUCAUUUGUUUUCGGUUCAAUUUUUGCGCCUUGCCUUAGCUGUCACAUAAAAUAAUAUACUUAUAAUGUACAUACAGUAAUAAUAAAAUAAAUUGUACAGUUACAAAUAAAUGAAACAAUGCGAGGAGCUGAUGCUGUAAGGGGCGAGGUGACGAGAUAAUGUAUUUGCACAGUACAGUACACAUUAACAAAACUAUUAAACCUUGUAUAAUAAUGUUUAGAUUUCCAAUUUCUAUUUAAAAUUAAUUGAUACAUGAUGGCUCGAUUUGGCUACUUUUUCACUUGGACAACUGAUCAGUGAAUGAACCAUGGCAUAUUGAGAUACAUUUUUCACUACAGUGUUUCAUGUUGUGUGAAAAGAGUUUUUUGUCAUUUAAAACUAGGCAUUCAGAAACAACUAGGCUAUAAUCCUUUAUACCAUAUCCCACUGUGUGUGGAGGGGCAUCCCACCAGGUAGGAUGUAACCGUUGGAUGAAUUUUAAAAUGGAAAGUUUAAGGGUCAAUUUUGUAUCACGCAUUGAUAUCGUAUAUGACUGCAGUGUAUAUAUAUAUAUAUAUAUAUAUAUAUAUAUAUAUAUAUAUAUAUAUAUAUAUAUAUAUAUAUAUAUAUAUAUAUAUAUAUAUAUAUAUAUAUAUAUAUAUAUAUAUAUAUAUAUAAUUUUUUUUUCUUCAGGAAGUAUUACUUUACAAUUCACUCUCAAGAGUGUUGUUGUGAUGUAUUGAGUUUUGUGGGUGUGAACUUUGGCUAACCUGAUACUAACAAGUAACGUAGUGAAAAAAUAUUUGUGUUGUGCAAAAUAUGUGUUGUACUUGAGUGUUUAAUAAUGUAGCUGUCUCACAUUCCAAGACCACCCAAGAGUAUUGUUCAAGAUACUCGGUUUUGAGCAGAUCUCUCGAUAGCAUGACAGACAAAGCUUACCUGCUGGUGAGUGAAAGUAUCUUUAGAUAUUGAAUGGUCUGUGUGACCACAUGUUAGGAUGCAAAAUUUAUAGUUCUGCACUGUAGCUUUUAUAGUAGUACCUGUAGUAGAAAUAGAUGAUAUUAGGGAUUUAUAGUUUGGUUUUAUGUUGUUUUUGUUCUUUUCAUGUGUGUUUAAAAACCUCUUGGUAAAAUCAUUAAAAUUACUACUUCUCAAUAUAAAUGAAUUAUUUUUUGAACACAGUUGUUUAUAUUUUGAGAGACAUUACAUUUGUUGAACAUCGACAUGUACAGGAGAAUCCCAACAUAUAUCUUGGAGGUUAACCAUUUAUAAUCUUUGAUAAUAACUAACCUGUCAUUAUACAGUACAGUAUUCGCUUAAUCCAUAUGUUUUGACUUUCAUUACAGUAAGUUAAUCCGUUUAUGUUUAGUCCAACCUAUAUAUUUUCUUCCCUGUGUCAAGUAUCCAUUUCCUUUGUGUUUGUUUUAAUUACUAGUUCUUUAAUUUUCCUUGGAACGAACAAGAUUUAUCUCUGUCUGUCUGUCCUCAUUUUCUAGUCCUGGCUAUUUCGCAGAAGCCAAUGAAGAUUUUUGUAAUCAAACAUUAGAGGAAAGCAAGACGAUUAUACACAUUAAAUGGGUUUAAAUUAAAAUGACUGACAUACCCUAGUAGGGGACACGUAUUAUUUUGCCAAAAACUUAUACUGUACUACACUGAACAAUUUUGGCAAAUAGUGCAUUGAAUCAGUUUUAAGCUUCCAAUAAAUUAACCUGAAUGAAAGUUCCAUAAGAGUUGACUUGCUUGUUUGAUGAUUAUUUUUUUUUUUAUUUAGUUAAAGUUCUUUUUAUAUUAAUGUGAAACAGUUCAAUUAUAUGAUGAGAAUUUACUGGUUAUCUGGGUGUUUGUGGGUCUCUGGCUCUCUAUAGACAUAGAUCUUGUAAAUACCACAAUUCCUUUAGGUCCAGUAUUGUUGAACCUUGGUAGGAGCAUUCCUUUUGGUAAAAUCUUGGAUUGAAAUGCUUUUGGAUGUUAAUUAUGACUCUUUCAGUAACCAGAAACAGUGAAAAUGUGUAUCAUAAUGAAAAAGUGUGGUGUAUUUCAUUUUUUUUUUUUAGAUUCAGUUAGAUGACUACAGAAUUUAAAACUUAUAGCUUUACCAAUCACAUCAAUAAGAGUUGUACAAAUUUUGCAGAAGCUAACAGCCAUAGUUCACUUUAAGUAUUUGGUAUGACCUUAACUUUUGACGUGGUCACACAUGCCAAAUACUGAUGGGAAAUCAACAAUUCCAGCAACUUUGUCUAUCAGAACAGACAACACCCCAUCGCCAUAGUGACAGUUUACGCUCAGAAUAGUCGACGGUUCUCGCCAUUUGAAAGUUGUUGACUCGGAUGAUUCUUGGUCACCUGUAUUGAUUUUUGAAAUUCUGAAGUAAGGGUAUCCCUUGUUUAGUGAUCGGGAUGCGUUCCUGAUAAACUAAAUGCUAAAUGAAAUGAUCGCUAAACAGGAAAUAUCCUAAAUGAGGGUUAACGAGAAGUAAUAUUUGUGAAGACGGUACGUUAUUGUGCAGCCCAGUCUCGGACCUGCCACGCCGUAGCACUUGAGAGUGGGUGAAGCUGAGAUAUGUUAUUGUUCAACUCGUUAUUGUUCAACUCGUAAUUUUAGGUAGAUAUAUGUAAUUUUUUUCAUUUUCUUUUACUCUGUUACAUGCAUACACAAUUGUUCAUACAGAAUGUAGAAAAAAAAAUUAUAAGGUCAAAAGCAUAAAGGUAAUAAACAUUUCUCAUGUGCUCGACAGUUAGCCCACAGAGCAGUGGAGGGGGGGGGGUGGCGUGGGGAUCUCCCAGCUGUCUCGUGUUCCGUGUGGAGUGAAACGAUUGCCAAUUAGCAAAAUGAGGGAAAAUAUGUAGAAUCUGCAAUAAUAAUAAACUACAGGAAAGUAACACUCACCAAGUCCACCCUUGUAAGUCUAGCAGCACUGGCCAUGGUUAUGUGCUCAGCGACGGCCUUCACUGCAAGUGCUUUCUUAAUGAUGGUCGACAUUGUUGACUGCACUAGGCCAAGCGCUUUCGCAAUGAAGUUUGCCCCCUCACCAAGCUCAAUGACUUGCGGGAGAGCUUGGACUUUUCUGAUGAGGAAGGCAAAACAGUUGCACGCUUAUCUGACUUUAUCACAAAGUUCACUCACUUUACACAAUAUCUCAAUAGUACAGUAUAUGUACAGUUCUCGAUAACCCAUAAAAGUCACAACAAUAAUAGUAAUGCAUACAAUGCCCAGCGAUCAAUAAUAUACGGAAGACAACAAUCAAACGACAAGCGGUAAACACCAUAUUAUGCCGAUGUUGAACCCUAAAAUAAUGACAAAUUACAUACAGUAUAGUAUUUACACUAUUUACAAGACAGCGGGAAUUUUAAAAUUUUCAAGGAAGUAGAUGUAUGCCCUAAACCUGGGUGUCCCUUACCUUAGUGGAUGUUAAUAUACACCCUAAACUGUGUAGUACAGUAGUAGUGGUAAUAUUAAGAGAGGCACACUUGGACCACACAAUCCCCAUUUUUCCCACUUCCCUCCCGAAAUUUUCCCCAUGAAUCGAAGAUUGAUAAAUUUAAAAUUGCAGAUUGUUACAUAAUAAAUGAUGUAAAAAUUUGAAAUCGCAAAGUGAAUGAUCAUUAAACGAGGGAUACCUGUAUCAUUUCAGAAUAUAUCCUUCACGAAUAAUCCUGAUUUAUGCCUGAAAUUUGUCUUGGUUUGAAACAUCUUUUCUGUAUUACUUGUGUAAAUAAAUACUGUACAAGCUAAAAUUACAAAAAUAAUGCGAAAAUAGAAUUUACUAAGAGACCUCAUUUGACAACGAAACGACAACAUGGGAAUAUGAUCUUCAACUCUACAUUCUCCAAGUAAAUUUGGAUUCUUAGCUAUGAAUGGCAUUACUUGGCAUAUUAAUUCCUAAAACUUGGCCUUGCUCAUGCCAUGAAAAUCAUAGAACAAUUGGGGAUCUCCCAGACCAACUUCUUGCACUAUGUUAUGGUACACACACACUAGCUGUCUCCUUUUGCUAGCCAUGAAGGUAACCGCACCUUGUUUUUCUUGUGUUUAACUUCUUUAAUUAAACUGCACAUGUUAAGACAGUGAUAAUGCUGUAGUCAUUUAGUACUUGCAUGCCUUUGUUUGUUUUGGUUGCUGAAACAGUCGGUAAGCCUGUACAAUAGAUCUUUUGGGUGUGUGACCACUGGGUCGACAAAAUCGCCAAUUUAUUGCCUGUCAAAACUUUUUCAAUGAUUUUGAUAACGGAACAUGCGAGUGUGACUGCGCCUUUAACUUUAUUAUUCAUACCUGACUAUUUACCUGUACUGCACACAGUAUCAGAAAAAACAAAAUAGAGAAGGGCAUUUCCCAGUAAGUACUGCACUGUACUAACAUUAAAAAUUAGAAGUAAUUUUUUCCUUCACUAGUUAUGACAACCUUAUAAUAAGGAAAUAUUAAGUCCAUUACAAUUCAGGAACAAUAUUUGUAUGGGUAAUGUAUCCAGUAGGUUGGGAAAAUGCUUAAGUUCAGGAUUAUAAAUGUGAAUGAUGCAAUAUAUGUAAACAAGUUCUGUUUUUGUUUGUUUUCAGAUUUUCUGUAACAUGACACAUUCUUUUAAACCAAAGCAAUUUGAAAUACACAACCUUGGUUCUUUGUUUUGUCAAUGUGGUACAGUAAAAACCUGGUAAAAUUGUGCUGGUGAGAAUUGCUAUUCAUAUGUUUGUGACUUGCUAUAAUGUGACCAAAAUGCCAAGAUUGAGAUCCUUAGUUUGUAUUAUUGGAGCAAAACGUCUGUCAUGUAAUUAUGUACAGAAUUAGGUUAAAAUGUGAAAAACAAAAGAAAUGGUUAAAUAGAAAAUCCUUAAGUAGAAAUACAGGGACAAUAAUUCUCUGCUAUAUCACGGCAAACUAAUUGAGGAAUGUAACUUAUGGUGGGGGGGUUGACUUGUUAGUAUCAUGUCCGCCUUUGAUAGUGAUUUAAAUUUCCCUUAAGUUAUAUGUUUAAUUAUAGCAGGGAUUUCAUGACUUUUAAAUUUAGUCCUGCUUUUCCACAGGAUUAAGUUCCACUAGUAAUGCAGUUGGUUACGUUACAGUAACCAUUGGGACGUAUUACCAUGAUAAAGCAGAGGCUUACUAAGUUUUCGUAUUAAGAUAACAAAAAGUGCUUAAAUUAUAAUAUAUUGGCUUUACGACUGUUCUGUAUGAUGACAGCAUGUACAAUUACCUGUGUUUGUCUUUGACUUCACCAUAAAUUAUUGUUACUGUAAAUAAUGGUUUGUUUAUUGAUGUUUUAUAAUACUGUACAAAUUUAAAGUUGUAAUUAUAAUUUUUUUUUAACACAUUUAAAGGUUUAAUUACAUGUUUUAAAGUUUUAAUUAUAAAAUUACAACAAUAUGCUCUGACUGAAACAUGAAUUAAUAACCAUCCAAGCCAUAGCCAAACUUUACACUCGGUGAGAGAGAACCACACUGUCCAGUGUAAACCCUGCUAACAUUACUGUGACACCUGCCCUAGACAAAAUUAUCAAGAGCAAUGGAGGAAUCCUACACAAGUCACUGGCCUCCUUCCCUCAGCAUGGCCAACUCUAGUGGGUGGCCAUUAUGUACAUAAGGUAGGUAAUAAUAGAUUUGUGACUUUCUUGAUACUGUAUAUUGGAAUUAUGGUGACAUCAUGAUGGAAGGAAGAAAGUUUUGAUGAUGGAGUUCAAUACUGUAUAUAGUUUUAGACUUAUUGAAAACUGGGGAACCUACUUGCCAAAAUGUUUCGUGUCAAUAAAUACAGUUCAUAAAUUCUUCCUCUUUCUCCUCCUUUCUUUUUAGUAUUUAAUGUUUUGCAUGCAUUGUGUUUUAGUAAAAUUGUCCAAUACUGAUUUAUGAGAAGAUUAUUUGAAGUUUGUAUGUUAGUUUUUGUAUUUAUUGUGACAUAACCCCAUAACUUUAAUAAUUUCUAACUGUAAAUUCAAGAUGUCACAUACAGGGUAUUGAACAUAAUGUUACAAUUUUACCAGGUUUUAAUGUACAGUAUGAGAAACUUCAAGAGAGAUUCAUUAUAUUGCCUGGCAUAUGCGUUGGUCCAAAACUGAAUACACUGGCAUGACCAAACUGAUCAUCAGAAGUACAGAUAAGCUCAACCAUUACACUGACAGUCAGAUGGGUUGACUAAUUUAAAAACUGAACAAAUACAUGUGAAGUACCUGUACUGUAUACUGUACUUGCUUAAUUGUUAAAGCAGAAUAUCAUUAUAAUGUCAUUAGCAUCCUCUGUUUAAAUUUUUAUUGCAAAUCAAUGAUUAUUGUAUUGUGUAAUAAGGCCACAGUAUUUGUUAUAGAUACAGGUAGCCCAUUACAGUAUUAAUAAAUUUAUGAAAAUACAAAGAAAAAAAUCCUCUGCAUUAAUUUAUGAAUGAAAACUGCGGAGCUUCAACAUUUUUUCUUGCGGUCUUUGUAACAUCACAAGAUGCUGAGGUGCUGACAGACAUUUGGGAGCAUUCUGUGCUAAACAAAGACAGUAAACAGUGUUGUCUAGACCCAUGAUGUGUGUACCUUUAUUUCUGAAGAGCAUUUUUACACUUUACCUUAGAGACCUCUUGAUUAAGUGUAUUUGUUUCA